AGCAACCUGGCAAUUUCUGACAGAUGAGUUCGGAUCAACAGCAAGCUAGAGAUGAAGAAUUCUUUCUGACUCAACAAGAGAAACUAUUUAGACACAAUGUGAUUGAAUCCUUAUCGGAUGGUAAAAAAUAUGUACCUAUUUAUUUUGAGAAAUUUAAUAUUACUGUGUAUUUUACUGGUAAGAAUGGCCUUGGCUUAAUAUACUCAGAAUAUUUUGGAUCAAAAAAAAGCGUAUACAAAGAUAUAUCUAAAAACAAUGGGGCUAUUGUAAGCCCUGAUGAGAUUUAUGACUUUGCUCCAUUUUGAGAAACUUUUGAAAUAAAAUCGUACAGUACAAACAGUGACUUCUUUGUCUUCCAAAGCAGAAUAAAAUGUCUAGAAAUUAACAACAAAUCUGAUAUUCUCACCUCCAACCGCACAUUCUACAACAAAUUCAUCUACAAAUCCCUCAGCAUGGUCACUUGAACCUUUACUCUCAGCUACACCACUCUCACGCCUCGUGAUCUCUGAAGAAUUCUCAUCUGUGGCCGGCAUCUAAGCCUGCUGAUCUUCAAUUCCUGAAGAAUCCCUGAUCAACAUUACUCGAAAAGAUGCCUGAGCUAUCACUCUGACCCAAAUCCCUACCCCAAAACUUACCUCCGCUUUAUCACCUGCCAGACCCUCCCUCACAACACCCCUGAAGAAUACUUCAACUUCAUCCACACCUUUAUGGAGAAAGUGAUCAAGUCAGAUCUCAAGAAGAAACUUAAAGCAUGCGAGUUCGAUGGACUCACACUGAUAAGGAAAUACAUGAGGCUAGCCAAGCUGUUAGGGUUUAAGGAUAUAGGCAUGAGGAAUGUACCGAGAAAUUGACUCAUUUUUGAUUUUGAUUCACAGGAGUAAGGAUAUAGUUUUCAUUGAAAAUUCAACUUUUA